GCCUGUCACUUGUCAUACUUGAAGUUGUCAUUUAUGGCUUCCAAUUUUUGUCUGCAACUUUUUGAUAAAACAAUGAAGUGAAAGAUGAUGGGAGAUCAGUUUCGGAAAGUUGAACAAUAUUCUCCAAAAUCGUCGCCAAGAGGGGCCAGGUCCCCUGUCGUAUCACGUCAAGAUUCUUCGGGAACAUUAAAAACAACAAUUUUGCUAGGAAAGAAUCCCUCCAUAGUCCCUAGUGGACCUUUCUAUUUAAUGAAAGAACCACCCGGAGAAUCUGAGCUAACAGGAGCCACAAAUUUGAUGACAUAUUAUGGCUUGGAACAUUCCUAUAGCAAAUUCAGUGGUAAAAAGUUAAAGGAGCAGUUAUCUUCAUUUCUACCCACUUUACCUGGUGUCAUAGAUUCCCCAGGACAACAAGACAAUAGUUCCUUAAGAUCUGUUAUCGAAAAACCACCAGUAGGUGGUAAGGAGCUUCUUCCACUAUCCAAUAUCCAAUUAGAUGGAUUUCGACUUCAUCCUGGACCUCUUCCUGAACAAUAUCGUUAUGCCAAUGCAGCCCCCAUAAAGAAACACAAAAACAAGCAUAAAAAACAUAAACACAAGGAAACAGGCCUACCUAGUCAAGAAACAGCUGUAUCUGACACAAAUAGUGAAACUCACGAGAAGAAACAUAAAAAGCAGAAACGACAUGAUGAAGAAAAGAGAAAACGGAAAAAGGAGAAGAAGAGGAAGAAGCAAAAGCAUAGCCCUGAACACAGUGCCGGUCUUACACCUAGCCAGCAUUCUAUCUAGAUAGGUUCUUAAUAUCUUAUAUAGUUAAGCAGAAAGAUUUUUUGCUUUCAGAUGUAUCAAAAUGAAUUAUUAUUGUUUAUACAUCUUAAAACAUAGUUGGAAAUCGAGGAUUUAAAAUUGGUACUAAAAUGUAUUUUAGAAAUUCAAUUAUGAUGCACCUAUAAAGGUAAUUUUAUAGCAGAUUAAUCACACCCUUUUUUCUACAGUAACUAACUGAAUAGAUAAAGGUGUAUGUAUUAGUUAUAUUAACUAUUUUUAAAUAAAAUUAUGGAUUUAUUUUUUUUUAUAGAAACAAUCAAACUUAAAAGCAGGUUUACAGUAGGACUAUUUGACACAUUUCAUUUUAUAACCAAUGGAUCAAUAUCAGCAUAUUCAACAUUCAAUUUAGAUUAGAUAUAAACUUAAACCUGUACUAUAUCAACAGUGAAUCUGCAUAUUUUUGUUCUAAAAAACGGGCUCAGGUAUGUUUUCAGUAUCUACUACAUACAGUAGAACCCCAAUUAUCCGUGCUCCUUAGGAUCAAAAAAAUGAGCAUAGCAUUUGGAAAAUUGGAAUGUGGAACAUCAAGAGCAUAAAUAGUAAAGAAAUAAAACAAGUAGAGGAAUUUGAGGCAACAGAAUUAAGUACACUAGCAAUAUCAGAGACCAAUAAAAAAGAAGAAGGAAUGGUAAAUAAAAAUGAUUAUACUAGUUUUCUCUAGUUAGUUUUUUCACAGCUAGUUUUUUCACAGUUCAUUACUGUGAUUGUGUAGAGAAACAUACUGCGGUAGCUCAAACGAAACGUAGAACAGGUGGUACUGACAGCUUGUCAAAGUUGCUUACCUGCGGAGGUAAUUAAAUCCAUUUACUAAGGCUGAAAAUCAGUACACACAUUCUAAAUUGAAUAUAAAUAAAAGUUAUUAUAGUCGGUCAGCUGUAUGACGGGACAGAGCUGGUCGGUCGGCCCCAUUGAAUGUACAGUGUUAUUCACUAUAUUUUGACCCCCUUGUAAACUGCUUUAUAUACAGAAUUAGAAAAAAAUGUAUAAUACAAAAGAUAUUCGAUUUUUUAAUUAUGAUUUUUUAACAUAUCAUACUAGUGACUUCAUCCAUUUGGGCGUGAUGACGUAAUCGACUAUUUUUUUGAAAUGAGAAUAGGGGUCGUGUGCUAGCUCAUUUGAAAGGUUAUUCAAUUCUCUAUUGAGUAAUAUAAACAAUCUCAUUUUUCCCUUUAGUUAUGCAAUAUGAAGUCACUUCAUUAUUGAAGUUAUUUUUAAAGUGACUGAGUGAUGAAAGAAAGCAAAAUAUUAUUUCCUGUUUAAUUGUUAUAUUAACAAACAACUAUUGUGAAGAUACAUUUUGAAUUUAACAAACAUCAAAAAUAUAAACCUAAAACCGAGGAAUAUACACGCUUAUAGAACGCUAAAAGAGGGGGGUAUGGUUUGAAUUUUUUAUUUUUUUUUAAUUAUUUUAAACGAAAGUGCAUAACUUCAAGAACACUCUCUGAAAAUUUCAGAUUUAUCGGAGUAAAAUUACCGAAGAUAUACAUCAUGUUGAAUUGUUCAUCUUCUCUUUUAUAGAUUACUCCGCGAUUCAAAUAUAUACAUAUUCCGGUGUGCAUUACUUGACGAUUUGACAGACAAAACUGCUUUUUCAAAGGCGUUGGACACUGUAACUAAAAAACUACUCGAGAAAUCCACCUAAGAUUUUGCAUAUAUUUUCUAUAGACAUUUCGUGAGGUAAAGCUGUCGAGAUUUAUUUGUUUUUAUGCUUAUUUUUGGCUUAACAAUAAUAAAUAUGUUGAUUUUCACCGUUUUUGUUAGAAAGAAUUUCGUUUUUUUUUUUAAUUUUCGAGUGAUACCAAGGACUCAAAAAUCGUUAAAAAUAAAAAUAUUCGACCGCAUUAUCUCGAGAAACUUAUUAAGCUAAUAAAAUCUUAUUAAAUUUUUUGUUUCACAUAAUCCAGUAACGAAGUUCUGAUGAAAUCAAUUUUUUUUAAGUGUCUGUAAAAAUUUGCCACCGUUGGGUCUAUUUUUCAAAAUUUUUGUUUGAAAUUUUUUGUUUAAUAUUAUUUGAAUUGUACUUGAAAAUGUAAUCGUAAAUUGUCAGUUUUAGACAAUUCAGUCAUUGCUUACCGUAAUUAAUAAUUUUCUCUGAAAAAUGAAAAUAUCUCAGAAACUAAUAAACUUAGACAUAGGGAAUGUUAUUAAAAAAUUAAAGUACGGUAAUAGUACUUUUCGAUAGUGAUAUAAAAUACAGGGUGUUUCAUUUAAAAUUACUGAGAAAAUAAUGUAUUUGCGUUUUGACUCACCCUGUAUUCAAUAUAAAGAAAAUUAGGAAUAUCAAUAAUUUAUGAAAAUUUUGACAAAUAAAAAAAUAUGGCAUCAAUAAACCAUUGCCGUUGUGCUUAUUUUUAUUUAUACAGGGAGUUGAACUUGUUACGAUUUUCAUAUAAAAUUUGUUAUAAUUUUGUAAAUAUCCUGCAUAAUAUACCAAACCUUUAUAUUUUUGUAAUGGGGAAGUUACAUUUCGAAUAUAAAAUAAAAUAUAGGGUGUUCCAUUUUAAAAAAACAUAAGUUUGGCGUGCCACUAUGUUAUAGAACACCCUGUAACAUUCUAAAUCAAAUCAUUAAGUCACCUACACAUACAAAGAUUCAAAUUGAGGCCCAUAUAUGAGGCCAUCUCAGAUUUUGUCUUUUACAAAAAUGGCGGGCAUUCAAAUGAAUCUGCUGCACAUAGGUACAUGUGAAGAUACGUUAUGCAUUUAUUAAAUGGUAAUUAACAUAACUAAAAAGUUCAAAAUAUUUCGUUAAAUAUUUUUACUCUCUUUUAAAAAAAUUAAUAUAUACAGGGUGAAAGAAUUGAAAAAGAACAACAUAUUUUUACAUAAAAACCAGGAAAAACACAACUUUUGGUAAACCGAUUCUUCCGGUUCAAGACCUUGAUCUUAUACAUAAAAAAAAGCUAUAUACCAAAUUUGGUUGAAAUCGGACUUUUCGUUCAAAUGUUAUCGUGCUAUUAGUCACAUAUGUUUGUAUUGUCGCCAUUUUGAAUUCCCGCCAUUUUUGUAAAAGGCAAAAUCUGUAAGUAUAUUAAUUUUUUAGAGUGGGUUGGUUGCAAAUAUUCUUAUUUACAGUUGAUACGAAGGAUAUCGUCUCCAUUAGACGUAACAUUCUAGAACAGUGUAUAUUCGUUGAAAAAAGUGCGUUUGUUUAUUAAACUGAUAAAAAUAUUUUAUUUUUUACCUUUUUGGUAUCAAGUGGUGUAGAUAAUUUUUGUUUAGCACAGAAACAGAUGAACCACUCUUGCAGCGCUACCCUGUGGAUCCACAAAGUGGCUUAAACAGGCCAUUUUGUAGCGAGAUUGGUUUUGUAAUGGACGCCACUAGCAACGAAGAUCGGCGACAGUGGCUGGACUUUAUGAAUCCACUCAGUAGCUCUGCAGAGUGGCUCGUCUGUUUCUGUUCUUACGGUGUACAUAAUAUUUCUGCUUUACUAUAUCAAUAGUUUCAAUCCUUUUAAUUUAUAAAGUAUUGUAAGUAAUUUUAAGAUAUUUAUAUGGUUUAAUUAUUUGAAAUAUAUCAUCUGUUAUUUUUUA